AUGGAUUAUACGAAUUUUCCCAACCUGACCAGCGUGUAUUCACCCAACCGUGAGGCGUGUCUAGUGCUGAAUAAGACCAAAAUUUUGAUCAACCUGUACGAAGGCAUCCCGGAAACAUUGCUGCUAAACGUGAUAGCGUGGUUUUUCUUGAUACUGCUGUUCACACUGCUCCGUCAGCAAGCCUGGGACUAUGGACGGUUAGCGCUGGUGAACAGCCACGGAGAGAACAAACGCUGGACACAGCUAUUCUACGCACAUGGUAAUGUGCCCGGCGGUGCCGGUGGUGCGAUGGGUGGUUCAUCCGAAACGUCGGACACGCUCAACAGUCUCAGCAUUGAUCGAGGUUGCUUCUCCUGGAUAUUAGCCACCUUUCGGCUAACGAAAGAGCAAAUACUUACCCACAGCGGUCCGGAUGCGGUGCACUAUCUGUCCUUUCAGCGGCAUCUCAUCGUGCUGAUGGGCAUUAUGACGGUCAUCUCGAUUGCCAUUAUACUGCCGAUUAAUUUUUCCGGCACGCUGAGCGGUGAUAAGAACUCGUUUGGACACACGACAAUUUCGAAUCUGGAUCCCGAUUCCCCUUCGAUGUGGGCACACGUCGUGUUUGCGAUUGCUUACGUACCGAUGGUGGUGCUGAUCAUGCGCCGAGCUUCGGGCCGGAACGCGUUCAAAACUGCGCCGACGCGUACGAUUAUGGCCACCAAUAUUUCGCAGGGUGAUUGUAGCAAAACCAUCAUACGAACGUACCUGCAGCAACUGUUUCCGGACGUGACGAUCGAGGACAUUCAGCUAGCGUACAAUAUAUCGAGCCUAAUCAAAGCGGCCGAAGAGUACGAGCGGACAGUCGACGCAAGGAUAUACUGCGAAGCGCACCGCAAUCGAGAUGCGAUUCAAGCUCAACCGUCCUGUUUCAGCUGUGAGAAGGUGGACGCUCUGGAGUACUACAAAGAUCAUGAGGCACAGCUAGCUGGUGAAGUUGCCCGGCUGCGUGCGUCGGCCCUGAACGAACCGCUCGGUAUUGCGUUCGUAACUCUAAACUCGGCACACGAGGCACAGCAUAUGAUGCUCCACUUUAAACCGGGAACGUACCGCGAAUGGAACCUUUCGUUUGCACCGGCACCGUCGGAUAUCUUUUGGGAAAAUCUCAACAUCGAUACAGCCCAGUGGUACUGCAAGUGGGCAACGGUGAACUUUGCGCUCUUUCUGUUUCUCUUCUUCCUUACCACGCCCGUCAUCAUCGUGAACCAGCUCGAUACACUAUCGCUAACGAAAAAUACCACCUCGCAGAUCAGCAAAAUUAGCCCACUCGUUUCAGAGUUUCUGCCCACUCUGCUGCUCUGGUCGCUGUCCGCACUGAUGCCGGUGAUUGUCGCCUACUCGGACACGUGGUUGUCACACUGGACACGCUCGCGACAAAACUAUCUGAUCAUGACAAAAACCUUUGGCUAUCUACUGUUCAUGAUAUUAAUCCUGCCUUCGCUCGGACUGACCAGCGCCCAGGCACUGUUACAAUGGACGAUCGAAUCGAACGACACGUACCGCUGGGAAUGUAUCUUUCUGCCGGACAAGGGUGCAUUCUUCGUAAACUAUAUCAUCACCGCCGCCUUCAUCGGCACGGCACUCGAGCUGAUACGCUUUCCCGAUCUGAUCUGCUACCUCUGGAAGCUGGCAACGGCAAAAUCGCGGGCCGAAACACCGUACAUUCGCAAAUCGAUUCUUAUUACUUUCCCGUUCGGCAUCCACUACGCUUGGAUGGUGAUGGUGUUUACCACCAGCACGGUAUACAGCCUUGCCUGCCCGCUAAUUAUGCCGUUCGCCAUGACAUACAUCACGCUGAAACAUUUCGUCGACAAGCAUAAUCUCUUUUUCGCGUUCGCACCAUCGAACAUGAUCAGUCAGGGCAGUGGGGGCAAAAUUCACAGCACCGCCGUCACUAUGACCAAAUUUUCCGUCGUCCUGUUGCUGAUCAUUAUGGCAGCGUUAGCAGUGGUACGUACUGGGCAGGUUGAACUGCGUGCCGUUGUGCUUAUCCUGGCGCUGUGCGUUACGCUUUUAAUGUUUGCGUGCAUGUCACCGCUUAAACGGUGCACUACAACCCCGCUACGCAUCGUGGAAAUGGAUGGGCCAGCGCCGAUCUACGUGGCGGACGUGCUGAUCAACCGGCGUAUGGUGUCGGACAGUCCGUCCCAUCUCAGCUACGGGUCCGACACGACCAUGAACAUUGUGAUGAAUGAUGCGGGCGUCAGUGUAACUGCAUAGACUGUGUUUCCGACCUCUUCCUUCCGUACCCUCCUUCCCCUUGC